AUGAGCACCAGUAUGCGCGAUCUGAUCUCUGCCGAGGCAGAGCUCGAUGACGAGGAGGAUGACGAGUCGUUUGACGAAGGAACCGGCGGCCAGCGCAAAAGCGUUCGACCUCAAGAUUUCGACGAUUCCUCCGAGGAAGAGGAGGACGAUGAUGAUGAGGAGGAAGCGCGCAAAAUUCGGGAAGGCUUCAUUGUCGAGGACGAAGAUGAAGAAGAAGAUGGUGGCGACGACGACGAAGAUCGACCCAUCAAGAGGAAACGCGAACAUCGCGAGCGCGAUCGCGAAGAAGAAGAGCAAUUGGACGAGGAUGAUUAUGAUCUUGUCGGAGAGCAGUACGGCGAACAGCCAAAAUCACAGUCGCAGUCCAAAUUCAAGCGCUUAAAGCGUGGCCAUCGUGGCGAUGGCGAUGUAAACAGACCCGCGGGACUCGAAGACAUUUUCAACGAUGAAGAUGACGAAGCUGGUGAUCAACGAGGCUAUCGACCUAACUUCCGUUCUCAAGCCGACGAGUUUGACGACUUCAUCGAGGACGAUUACCCUGAGGAUGAUGACGAGCGCGAGCGCGCUCAGGAGGAUGUUGAGGUCGCCCGCUCCAAGGACCGGGGCGUAUCUGGAAUCGUCGAUACUACUGGCCUUGACAAAGAAGCCUUGGAUGACAUGGAAGCCAUCUUUGGCAAUGGCGAAGAUUAUGACUGGGCUCUCCAGAUGGAAGACGAAGAGGAGGAGCGCGAACGAGACCAACAGGGCAUCGAGCUCAAGGACGUCUUUGAGCCUUCGCAGCUCAAGGAGAAGCUUCUGACCGACGAAGAUAACCAGAUUCGCUUUACCGACGAACCCGAGCGAUUCCAGCUGGAGCGCAAGCCGUUUAAGAACCUUCAGCUCACAGCUGAGCAAUUUCGUGACGAGGCCAAAUGGAUCAGUAACCAACUGUGGCCCAAGAAGGGCCUAUCUCCAGAACUACAGGCGCCUUUCGGUAAAGCAGUUGGCAAGGUUUUAGAGUUCUUCGUUGUCGAUGAGGUGGAAGUCCCCUUCGUUUUCCAGCAUCGCAAAGACUAUCUACUUCACUCCAAAAAGAUUCGCAAGUCAGCACACGAUGAUCCGGACGGUCCUGACUAUAACAUUCAAUCCGACAAGCUGCUAAAUCAGGAUGACCUUUGGCGAAUUCUAGAACUCGACAUCAAGUUUCGGUCAUUCAUCGAAAAGAAGAAUGCGCUAGAAAAAACAUUUGACAACCUCAAGUCAUUAGAGGUCGAAGAUCAAAUGGUUCAAGACAUGAUGCCUGAGGCGAUCACUAUGGAGGAGCUACAAGACUUGCAAGACUAUCUUCAAUUCCAGUACGGCCCCAAGCUCAAGGAUCUGGUGGUCAUGGCUGGCAAUGUUGCUCAGAUGAAGAAGCCUGGCUCCAAGAGCAGUCUUCUGGAUCGUGUUCGCAAUGGCAAGGCUUACUACUUUGUCAAGGCUUAUGGCAUCUCAGCCGAUCAGUUAGCCAAGAACGCUCUUCGUCAGGGCAAAAAGGUGACGCCUGAUGACGACUCGCAAUACCCCAUGGACCUUGCCGACAGCCUAAUUGAUGACAACUUCAACACUGGCGACCAGGUCAUCAAUGCAGCCAGACAAAUGUACGCGGAAGAACUCUAUGCUAGCCCUCGCAUGAGGAAGUACUUCCGCAACUCGUACUAUCAGCUUGCCGAAAUCAGCUGUCGCCGCACGGACAAGGGUCUUCGCAAGAUUGAUGAUACUCACCCAUACUACGAAAUCAAGUACUUGCAAAAUCAAACAAUUGCCGAUCUGGUGCAUCAGCCUGACAUUUUCCUCAAGAUGAUGCGAGCGGAGGAGGAGGGUCUCAUCGAGAUUAAGCUCAUCAUGCCGUCUCGCUUCGAUUUCCGCAAGCAACUGUACCAGGCAUUCGAGUCGGAGAAUUUCAGUGACCGUGCCGAGCAGUGGCGGGAGGAGCGCAAGAAAGUCUUGGAUGCGGCUUAUCCUAAGCUGGAGAAAGCCAUUGCCAAAAAUAUCAAGGAGGUCAUUCGCACCUUUUGCCAAGACGAAGUGCUCAAGAUGGUCCGUCAAGACUACUACAGGAAGCUAGAUCAGGCGCCCUACAAGCCCAAGGGUAUGGUUCUGGGAACACCGCCGCGCGUGCUUGCGCUUUCCAACGGUAUGGGCGACCCAGCGCGUGACCCCAUAUGCUGGGCCUGGGUUCCCGAAGAUGGUCGCGUGUUGGAACAGGGCAAAUUCUCUAAUUUGGGGCGAGACGAGAACCAGCGCGACGCUUUCGUGGAACUGGUCAACCGCCGUCGCCCCGAUGUUAUUGCUGUCAGUGGCUGGUCGUGCGACACCCACAAGCUCGUUCGCGACUUGGAAAGUCUUGUCAGCGAAAAGGCUCUUAUGGGACCGGAAUUUGAAGACCCCGAAACCAAUGAUUAUCGAACUGAGCAAUUAGAAGUCAUGGUUGUUGAUGAUGAGGUUGCCAGACUAUACAAGGAUAGCCCGCGCGCCCUCGCCGAGCACCCUUCGCUCAACCCAGUCACCAGAUAUUGCGUUGCCCUAGCCCGGUAUAUGCAGAACCCCAUGAAGGAGUACGCUGCGCUGGGCAAGGAUGUGAGCUCUCUCUCUUUCCACCCUUGUCAGCACCUGCUGCCACAGGACAAGGUUGCCAAAUAUCUGGAGUCAGCAAUGGUGGACACUGUCAACAUGGUCGGCGUCAACAUCAACGAUGCCAUGGUUGACACGUACACUGCGAACCUGCUCCCCUUUAUUGCCGGUCUUGGGCCGCGCAAGGCCACCAGUGUGAUCAAGGCCAUCAAUGCCAACGGUGGUUCGGUGAAUACAAGAGAAGAGCUUGUCGGUGACCCCGAAAGCCGGAAGCUCCCCGUUGUUGGUCCUCGCGUGUGGAACAACUGUGCUAGUUUCUUAUACAUUGAUUACGACGCGACGAAUCCUGCCUCUGAUCCUCUGGACAAUACUCGUGUCCAUCCAGAAGACUAUGAGCUUGGUCGCAAAAUGGCUGCCGAUGCUUUGGAACUCGACGAGGAAGAUGUCAAAGCUGAGAUUGAUGAAAAUGGCCCGGGCGCUAUUGUGCGCAAGCUUUUCAAGCAGGGCGAACAAGAGAGAGUCAAUGAGCUGGUUCUGGAUGAGUAUGCCGAUCAGCUGUUGCGCAACUUCAACCAGCGAAAGCGUGCCACUCUCGAGGCUAUCAGUGCUGAGCUUCAGGCAGAGUACGAAGAGCUGAGAAGAAGCUUUGCGCCGUUGACGCAAUCAGAAAUCUUUACCAUUUUUACUGGCGAGACCAAGCAGACACUUUGCGAAGGCAUGAUUGUACCUGUCAACAUUCGCGUGGCCAGAGAUGACUUUGCCAUUGCCAAGCUCGACUGCGGUAUCGAGGGUAGGGCAGAGGCUCACGAGGUGACCAGCCGGCCUUCUGUCAAGGACGUGCUGAGUGUGGGCCAAACAACGCGGGCUAAGAUUCUAGAAUUGGACUACAAGGCGUUUUCUGCCAAGCUUUCCAUGCGAGAGGAUGCUCUUCGGAUUCCCUACAAGCGACCGAUCAACCAUGGACGCGACGGAUGGGACUAUGCCCAAGAGGCUGCGGACAAGGAGGAGCUGAAAGAAAAAGACAAGACCACUGGACGCACGCAACGUGUUGUCAAGCACCCCAACUUCAAGCCGUUCAAUGGUCUGCAGGCAGAGGAGUUUUUGGGAUCGCAAGCACCUGGCGAAGUCAUCAUUCGACCAUCAUCGAAAGGAAACGACCAUCUGGCCAUUACUUGGAAGGUCGCAGACAACGUGUACCAGCACAUCGAUGUAUUGGAGAUGCAAAAGGAGAAUGAGUUUUCGGUGGGCAAGCUGUUGCGAAUCGGUGGGCGGUACACAUAUAGCGAUCUGGACGAAUUGAUUGUGGACCACGUUAAGGCGAUGGCUCGCAAGGUAGAUGAGAUGAUGCGUCACGACAAGUAUCAGAACCGCUCGCGUAGCGAGACUGAAAAAUGGCUCACUACGUACAUUGAUGCGAACCCCAACCGGUCAGCGUAUGCAUUCUGCAUUGACACGAAACACUCUGGUUACUUUUGGCUAUGCUUCAAGGCCAGCCGCACAGCCAAUGUGAUUGGUAUCCCCAUCCGAGUGAUUCCGCAAGGUUUCGAGCUCAAGGGCUACCAAUACCCUGACAUGCGCGCCCUGUGCAAUGGGUUCAAGUUGCGGUAUCAAAACGAGUUUUCGAGAAUGGGAACGAGAUGA